AUGCAUUGUACAAGGAGGAAGCGACUGCAGCUUAGCAGGGUCCUGUUUCUCCUCUCUGGGGUUUUUCUCUGUACCCUCUACCAGCUGACCAUCAGUGCCAGACUGUAUGAGCCUUUGCCAAUGCCUCAGAUUGGGGAGGAUUUUGGAGAAGGUUCAACAGAGGGUGUUGAGGAGGCGACAGUAGAGACUCCGGGGCUGGAGGAACCUCUCACUGCAACACACGAGUUAGAGCCCACAGAUCAAACAACUCCAGAAAUGCAUGUGGUAACUGUGUCGGAGACAACUACAGAUUUUACAGCAUCCACCUCCACUGAAGCUCCACCAUUGCCAACUACAAACCGGACUAUUGUGCAUUGCAUCUACGUGGCCCCUGAGCCUCCACGGGAGACGCCCACACCAACUCUUCCUGUGACCACUGUCACCCCAGCCUCUCCUGCUGAAGCUCCACAUAUGAAGGGCGAAUACCCUGAAGAUAUCUUUUCUGUUGAAGACCGUAGACGAGGCUGGGUCAUCCUCCACAUUUUUGGGAUGAUGUACAUGUUCAUUUCACUUGCAAUUGUGUGUGAUGAGUUCUUUGUCCCUGCACUCGGGGUAAUCAUAGACAAGUUAGAAAUCUCUGAUGAUGUAGCAGGAGCCACCUUCAUGGCUGCUGGAGGUUCUGCUCCUGAACUCUUCACCUCCUUGAUAGGAGUAUUCAUCGCCCACAGCAAUGUGGGCAUCGGCACCAUCGUUGGCUCGGCGGUUUUCAACAUUUUGUUUGUGAUUGGGAUGUGUGCUUUGUUUUCACGGGAGGUGCUCCAUCUAACCUGGUGGCCACUUUUCAGAGAUGUAUCCUUCUACAUAUUUGACCUCGUCUUACUCAUCAUCUUCUUCUUGGAUAAUAUCAUAAUGUGGUGGGAGAGCGUGAUGUUGGUUGGCUGUUACACGCUCUAUGUGACUUUCAUGAAGUUCAAUGUACAAAUAGAGCAGGCCUUCAAGGUCCUGAUCCUCAAAAACAAGAACAUUGUCAGAAUUAUUUCUGUGGAAGAACCUGAAAAGGCAAACGGUGACGCUGAAAAUAACGCCCCUCCUGCUUCAGAAGACAAGAAUAGGUUGAAGUUGAAGCCAUCCCUUCAGCGCGGGGGAAGUUCAGCUUCUCUACACAACAGCACCAUGAGAAACACCAUCUUCCAACUUAUGAUCCACACGUUAGACCCUCUAGGUGAGGGGAAAUUUAAGGAUAAGGCUGUGACACUGACUAAUGUGGCUAAACGGACGGCAGAGAGCAAAACUCAAGACAAAAGUGAAGUUGGUGGAGGAAAAACUGAACCGACCAAAGAGCCAGAGGCUGCUCCAGCCCCAGCAAAAGAGGAGAAGGAACAACCAGAGGACAAGAAGGACGAUGUGCCAGCAGGAGACGGUGGGUCAGGAGGCUCUGACGAUGAUGAAGAUGACAGCGAUGAAGACAGCGAUGAGUCCAGUGAAGAGGAAGAUGAUGACGAUGAGGAUGAAGAUGAGGAGGAGAGUGACGAAGAGGAGAAAGAGGAACCUCUGUCUUUAGAGUGGCCUGACACGCCACGUAAACAAGCCACCUACGUCUUCCUGCUGCCUGUAAUCUUUCCUCUGUGGCUCACAGUUCCAGAUGUUCGCAACCAGAAAUCCAGAAAAUUCUUUGCGAUGACCUUCCUGGGCUCCAUUCUGUGGAUUGCUAUUUUCUCCUACCUCAUGGUGUGGUGGGCCCAUCAGGUAGGUGAGACCAUCGGCAUCUCAGAGGAGAUUAUGGGCCUGACUAUCUUGGCUGCAGGGACGUCCAUCCCUGAUCUCAUUACCAGUGUGAUUGUUGCACGAAAAGGCCUGGGGGACAUGGCUGUGUCCAGCUCUGUGGGCAGUAACAUCUUUGAUAUCACAGUGGGUCUUCCAGUGCCAUGGCUCCUUUACUCAUCCACACAUGGUUUUGGUCCAGUGGCCGUCAGCAGCAACGGGCUCUUCUGUGCCAUCGUGCUUCUCUUCAUCAUGCUCCUCUUUGUCAUCAUCUCCAUUGCAUCGUGUAGGUGGAGGAUGAAUAAGCUGUUGGGCUUCACCAUGUUCCUGCUCUACUUUAUCUUCUUGGUGCUUAGCGUGAUGCUGGAGGAUCGCAUCAUCAUCUGCCCUGUUUCUAUCUGAACGUGUGAGCUGGAGCCUUCUCUACAGCAGGCGUUGUCUUCACUUGCGACCUGAAGCACAACAGUUAACCUGUAUAUGGACUGAUCUCAUGAGCAUGGGUGUGGAUAUCUGUAGAAACUAUGCAGAAAGCUGCUGUAGUUGCUCUGCAUUGUUGCAACUGACGUGUGUUUGGUAUGAAAGCAACAGUACACAUAUGACAACAUUUUCUAGCAGAGGUGGGACCAAGUCAUUGUUUUGUAAGUCACAAGUAAGUCUCACAUCUUUGCACUCAAGUCCCAAGUCAAGACCCAAAUCCUAAACUCUGAGUUUUGGUUCCUAAAUAAGUCAUGAUGCGCUCUUCACAAAUGUAAUGCCUUCUUAACAACAUAGUAAUAAUACAUUACAUUUACAAAAAUUGUGAUUUUUUUUAAUUUAUAUAUGUUUUUGUUGUUAAAACAAGUGUGACUGAACUUAAUCAUAAAGAAGUAGUGCUGACAUUCCACUUUUACAGUAUACAGCAACCAAAGCAGAAUGAAUUUUAUAUGUUUCUGUCCUGUCUUGUUGUAUUUAUCUCAUCUCAUAUUGGACGAACAUUUAUA